GUUUUAAGACUGUAUAAAAAUUUACUCCGAUACAGACAAAACUUGAAAUAUACCGAUAAAGAUUAUUUUACAUCUCGAAUUAAACAGAUUUUUCGGCAAAAUCAAAGUCUGGGUAAUAGCAAGUUAGUCGACUUUCAAAUUCAGAAAGGACAAGCUUUUUUGAGAAACAAAAAAGUAGUGUAAGAAAAAUGCUUCUAAAAUUACUGAAUCUAGGACAGAUUAUACCACGUAAUUUAAUAUUAUCGAGGGAAUUUUUAGUACAAGAAAAAAAUGUGAAUUCGAUGCAAUUUCGUUUCAAGUCUUUUAAAAAAUUAUUGGACUAUUCGAAAGUACCAGUGCUUGAUGAAAAAGAUCUCGAAGAACAAUUUGUUCUGGGAAGUGGUCCAGGAGGACAAUGUAUAAACAGAACGGCGAGUUGUGUUGUAUUAAAACACAAACCAACUGGUAUUGUCGUUAAAAAUCAAGAAACAAGAAGUUUACUUCAAAAUCAAAAAUUAGCUCGUGAAAUUAUGAUACAAAGAUUGGAUAAAUUUUUCAACAAAGAAGAAUCUAUUGAAAAUCAAACAAAUGUUUUAAUGAAGGAUGUGAUAUUGUCACGAAAGAGAAAACAAAAGAAAUGGGCAGAAUUGAAGAAGAAUUUCAAAGAACGCGAAGGAUUGACUUAGAGUGAAAAUUAAAUUUUUAAUAUGUAUAUAAAUAAUAAUAAUAAAAUAAAAAUUAUGAAACUCGAA